GGGUCGCCCAAGGUUUUUGCCUACGCAAAGGACACAUUAGAGCGUUAUCUGAAGUCACAUUCGCGAUGCGGGGUCUUCAGGAGACCAGACUGGGUUCCCACUCGACUCCUCGAUUUGAGAUCGUUAUCAUCAGGCACGACGCCGACAUCCCAAGUCCGCCUAGUUGAGACUUCGGACACCCAUGUGAGGGGCCGUAUGCAACACUCCCAUUGCUGGGGCGGGGAUGAAUCCUGGGUCACAACGAACAACAAUAUCGACGAUCUGUAUCAAAGCUGUCCAGUGUCUAAAUUCCCAUGUAUUUUCCAGCAGGCUAUGUCUACUAUUCUUUCACUGGGCAUCAAUAACAUAUGGAUCGACUGUUACUGCAUCAUCCAGAAGGAUGAAAACGACUGGGAACACGAGGCUUCGGAGAUGCACAUGGUUUAUACGAAUUAUAUCAUCAAUAUUGGAGCUGCAAAUUCG